AUGCCCGAAUCGAAUCAAUCUAUCGAAUCUCGCAUCCAAUCGGCUAUACUCGAAUUGGAGAAUGUCGAAUCGCCUAAUAUUAGUGCGUGGGCGCGAGCGCGAAACCUACCAUAUCAGCGGCUACUGGCGCGCUACAAGGGCCGCUGUUCAUUCUCUGAACGCACACCUAACGGUCGCAAGCUUGACGAAUCGCAGGAAUCAGCUCUCUGCCGAUAUAUCGACUUCCUCGAUUCGAUCUAUCUUCCACCAAAGCGCCCGGCUAUUACUGCUGCUGCCAAUGCAAUCCUAGCUAGUAGCCAUGUUGACAAUUCGACCAAACCCCCUACAAUCGGUAGCCAUUGGCUGCAGCGCUUCCUCCGCCGUCACCCUGAAUACAAUUGUCGCCGUCAGAGAGCUAUGGAUAUCGAUCGAAAGAAGUGCCUUAAUAAGCAGAUUGCAAGGGAAUGGUUCGAUUCAUACAAGGAGACAAUCGCAAAGUAUAGUAUCACCGCGGAUGAUAUCUGGAACUUCGAUGAAACUGGCUUCAAUAUUGGCGUUGGAAGAGAUCAGUGGAUUAUCACACACGAGCCUAAGCGCCAGAUUACUGGCGGCUUUAAUACUAAUCGCGAAUAUGCGACUGCUAUUGAGGCCGUUUCAGCUACUGGAUCUACUAUCGCUCCAGUAGUAAUCCUAAGCGCGAAGCUUCUACUACUACGCUGGUUUGAAAUCGUAGGCGAUGAGAGGAUUGCUGUCACCGAAACCGGCUACCUUAAUAACGUCUUAGCCCUACAGUGGAUACAGCUAUUCAAUAAGCUUACGAAGGAUUCGGUAAAGGGCACGCAUCGUAUGCUACUAUAUAAUCAAUUCGGAUCGCAUUUAACAUACGAAUUCGUUAAAUACUGCGAGGAUCACAACAUUAUUCUAUUCUUCCUUCCUCCUCAUUCAAGCCAUCUACUUCAGCCGCUAGAUAUAGGUGUAUUCAGCGCCUAUAAGCACUGGCAUAGCGAGUGGGUGUAUGAUGCUACAGUUGCUGGCUAUAAGAAGAUUACCAAAGACGAUUUCCUAAGUGCAAUCGCGCAGAUUCGACAGAAGACCUUCAAACCCUCUACGAUUAAGCUUGGAUUUCGAUUGACUGGCCUCUGGCCUACCAACCCUGCUAUCGUAUAUAAUACUCUAGAGGAUUUAGAGCGCGAUUUUGGCUACGAUACACUAAGCCCUCCAUCAUCCGUAGCGACUAGUGAUUCAUCUGAUUGUAGCACACCAAAGACUGCUCAGCGAGUGAAGAAGCUAGAAGAGCGGAUAGAGGAAAAGAUCAAUCGCAUACAACAACCCUCUCGUCGCCUAAUUCAAAAGCUUUCGAAAGCUACUACUGAUCUCGCGCAUCUUGUGGUGGAACUGAAGCAGGAUAUCGAGCGUGGGGAUUAUGUGAGAGAGCAGCGCCAUACACACGAAAAUCGCUCGCGAAGGGCAUCCAAAUUGACUGGGAUAGUGCAUUCUAGUCAGGUUGAGCGUAUGAAGCGUAUUCUCAAAAGUGGUGAUAACCUAAAGGCUCUCAUGAAGCUGCGACCGUACUACCGGCGUGAGGUCUUACCGGAGCUGAAGAGGGUAUACAAAGCGAAGGGCUACUUCAUCAAAAAAUGA